CUUUGCUGAUUUGCUACUUGUUCCAUUUUUAGCAGAAAUCUUCCAUCUGUUGUUAGAGAUUUUACUUUGAAAUCAAGAAACGGUCAAUCGGAUUUGUUCGGAAAUUUUGGCUGUCUGGUGAUAGAAAUGGUCACACAAUCAUGGUUUCGUAGUCUGUGGACGCCAUUGAAGAAGAAUGAGUUCCAUACUGAAAAGGCGAAGAUUGCGGUUUUGGCCUUUGAGGCUGCUAGCUUGAUGACUAAACUGCUUCACCUGUGGCAAUCAAUGACUGAUAAGCAGGUUGCAAGGUUAAGAGAGGAGAUAAAUGACUCGUUGGGCAUAAAGAAGCUUGUAUCAGAGAGUGAUGAGUAUAUUGGGAAGUUGAUAUGUGCGGAGAUGAUGGAAAAUUUGGUGAAUGUGGCAAGAGCAUUGGCUAGGUUGUCCAAGAGAUGCAACGAUCCCCUGCUGAGAAGCUUUGAGCAGGCGUUUAACGAUUUGAUCAAGGGUGGCACAGACACGUAUGGUUGGCAGUUCUCGUGGAGGAAGAUGGAAAGGAAAGUAAAAAAGAUGGAGCGUUUUAUAGUUGCAAAUGCUAAUUUGUAUCAAGAGAUGGAGACGCUCGCGGAUCUUGAACAGGCGUUGAAGAGGAUGAAGGGCAAUGAUAGCGUGGAUAGCAUUACCUUGGUUGAAUAUGAGAAGAAGAUUGCGUGGAAGCGACAAGAGGUGAAGCAUCUCAAGGAAAAUUCUCUCUGGAGUCGGACUUAUGAUUAUACCAUUCUUCUGAUGGCGAGAUCUCUUUUUACUACGUAUGGAAGGAUUGGACAUGUUUUUGGUGUUAAUCACAUUACUGACAUAGGGGCUAACUCGAGAGUUGUGGAUAAUUCUAAUAACCGACAUAGCCACUCAACUGCCUUCAUGCAAUCGUCUGUUUAUCCAUCCGAAAAUUAUGUCCCUAGAGUUUCUACGGGUACACAAGGGAAGUUCAUAUCUUCAUCUGGCCCUCUUUUGAGAACGAACAACAUGGGUCCCUUAUCAAGUUCAACAGCCAAACCCGGUCCUACUUCAAAAACGAGCAAGAGUUCUUUGCGAAUGUGGCAUUUCCGUGAUAAAUCUCACAAAGCUGAGAAAAUCUCUCAGCGAAAACCGAAUGGAAUGACCAUGUCAGGACCUUUAACUGGCUCUGUUGUGGGUGGAAAUGGUUCUUGGACGGGUAACGCCCAUUUGAUACCUGGUGAUGCUCAAUCCGGAGUUAUGGAUGGAAAGAUUUACGGGAACUUGAUCGAUGGAAACCUCUCUGUAGUUGCAUCAAAGAGCAAGCUGUUGAAUCCACCUCCGGAAACUCUUGGUGCUUCGGCCCUAGCUCUUCACUAUGCAAAUCUCAUCAUAUUCAUCGAGAAACUGGUAGCAUCUCCUCACUUGAUCGGGAAUGAUGCCAGAGACGAUGUAUACAAUAUGCUGCCAGCUAGCAUCAGAUCAUCCCUCAGGGCUAAGCUGAAGCCUUUUGCAAGGAGCCUCAGUUCAUCAGUUUACGACACAGCUCUUGCCAAUGAAUGGAACGAUGCCAUGUCAAAAACACUCGAAUGGCUCGCCCCCCUCGCUCAUAACAUGAUAAGGUGGCAGUCGGAGAGAAGCUUUGAGCAUCAGAGCUUGGUGUCUAGGACAAACGUCCUUCUCGUCCAAACGCUCUACUUUGCAAAUCAAGAAAAGACAGAAGCACAGAUCACCGAGCUGCUCGUUGGUCUGAACUACAUAUGGAGAUUCGGGAGAGAAAUCACUGCCAAAUCGCUGGCAGAAUGCGCCAGUGGCAGAACGUUCGAUGAAUAUCAGGAGUGAUAUAUCAUCGCCUUUUCGGUAUCUGUGUAUAUAUAUAUCAUCAUCCUUUUCACUAUCUUGGGCGUAAGGAGCUCCUUUCAGUCAUCAUGAUUUGCAGACAGCGUUGUCCGAGUAUUUUGGUGGUUGUGAUGGUGAAGAACAUCAAAUGACGGAGUUUGAAUCUGAGGUUGCACCGGGAAGGCCCGUGGUUCCUGGAUUCGUGGUAAAUUGUACAGCCAAUGUUGCCUCCUCCUCUCUUAUGAUGGUUGAUAAUAGCAUGUUUAUGUUAGAAAAUGAGGGUUUUGUUUCAUCAAAGCUUCAUCUAAAUUUUCAUGUCUUCUAAAAAAAGUUUGUAUUGCUAGAUUACACGAAUGAUUGAAUAGUGCUUGCUGUUAAUUUUUCAA